CACACACACACACACACACACACACACACACACACACACACACACACACAUACACACACAUACACACACCAAAAAAAGAUGGUCCGCCUCAGCCAUCUAGCCAGCUACCUCACCCUGGCAGCCGCGACCGCCAGCGCCGCGGUCGUCGACCUGGUGCCCAAGAACUUCGACGAGAUCGUCCUGCAGUCCGGCAAGCCGGCGCUGGUCGAGUUCUUCGCCCCCUGGUGCGGCCACUGCAAGAACCUGGCCCCGACCUACGAGGAGCUCUCGCAGGCCUUCGCCCACGCCACCGACAAGGUGACCGUCGCCAAGGUGGACGCGGACGAGCACCGCGACCUGGGCCGGAAGUUCGGGGUGCAGGGGUUCCCGACGCUGAAGUGGUUCGACGGGAAGAGCGACGUGCCGGAGGACUACAAGGGCGGGCGCGAUCUCGAGAGUCUGUCGGCGUUCAUCGCGGAGAAGACCGGCGUCAAGCCCCGGGGUGGUGCCGCGGCUAAGGAGCCCAGUGCCGUGGUGAUGCUGACGGAUGAGAGCUUCGCGAAGGUGGUUGGCGGGGAGAAGGAUGUUUUGGUCGCGUUUACGGCGCCCUGGUGUGGUCACUGCAAGAGCCUGGCUCCCACCUGGGAGACGCUGGCCAACGACUUCGCGCGCGAGGCCAACGUGGUGAUCGCCAAGGUCGACGCCGAGGGCGAGAACAGCAAGGCCACCGCCAAGGCCAACGGCGUGACGGGCUACCCGACCAUCAAGUUCUUUCCGCGGGGGUCCACGGAGGCGACCGUGUACAACGGGGCGCGCUCCGAGCAGGCCUUCGUCGAUUUCCUGAACGAGCACGCCGGCACCCACCGCGCCGUCGGCGGCGGGCUCAACGCCCAGGCCGGCACCAUCGCCGCGCUGAACGAGCUGAUCGUGGCCGGUGGCCCCACCCUCAAGGACGAGAUCAAGAAGGCCGCCGAGGGUCUGACCGACCAGUACGCCCCCUACUACGUCAAGGUCGCCGACAAGCUGAGCCAGAACGCCGGGUACGUCACCAAGGAGCUCGCCCGCCUGGAGAAGAUCCUCGCCAAGGGCGGCUCUGCCCCGGAGAAGCUGGAUGAUCUGGUCUCGCGCAGCAACAUCCUGCGCCAAUUUGUUCUGGAUGACGCGCCCGAGGAGAAGGAUGAGUUGUAGAUGUAGAUAGGUAUUUGUGUCUAGGAUGGGGGCAAGGGCAUGAGGGGCAAGGGCAGGGUGCUACGGCUGUGUCUUGGUCCCGUGUUGUCUCGCCAGUACCUUAUCGAUCGGUCCUUGUAUGAUACCAGGGAAAAUGAAGCAAUUCUAUGACGACGAUAAGGGUUCUUAUCUAUAGUAGCCCUCUUCCCCCCGGGGAAAAUCUAGUGAGUGUGUGCUCAACAAUAGUACAAUUGCAAUGCAAGUAAAACAG